UGGUCCUCUCAGACAAGAAAGUGGCGUUCUCUUUGUUUUUAUCCUUCAAAACGAGCAGCUUCCUCACCAACUAAUUCGAAACAGCGGUCUCUCCGAAACUCAUUUCAACAAAUGAUCCUGCAACUUUUUCUUAAUCUUCUCUCCAAUUGCCAACCAGGUGACCUAGGGUUUCUCGAUUCUUAAUCACUUUCAAGAUUCCAUAAUGUUCCCGAAGCGUUUGUUGCAGAAGGCCAUGCAUCAGAGGUUCUGAAUGCGAUUCUCAGGAUGUUCAGUGUACUUUCCCAUUUUCAAUUGGGGCGUUAUUGAGGAUGGUCUAAGGCUGGGGUGUUUGGAAAGCUGGGAGUGAAUAUGCAGAGCAACUGAAACACAAAGCUAUAUGUGUUGGAUUCUAGCUCCCUGACCAUGGUACCAGCUUCUUAAUUAUCUUCUUUUUAGACAUGGCUGAAGGCUUAUGGCUGCAAUGGCAAAGGGCCAAGAAGUACAUGGUCUGCCUACAAAAGGUUCUCUUAUAGCCAUUUGGUCAAGUGGGGACAGUCGCGUAUUGCUUGUGGUCAAAGUAAAAUACCCUUUCUAGGUCGUUGUUGCUGCACAAAAAGCAUCCCAUAACUCAUAGUUUCUUUUAUAGCUCCGUGUAGUAACACCCGUUUGUGAAAACCUCCACUCUAAUUCAGUAGAUGAAGAGCUUCCACUACUUACACAACUGAAGCCUUAAAUAGAGUUCUUAUUUGGACUAGGAAGUUACAUUUGGAACUCUUGAUAAGAACUAGUACCCAAGAGAUCAUUCGGAAAGCAAAUCCCCUACUAAGAAAUAAUAUAAAAAUUGGGAUGUGGACUGUUUCAUGGUUGGAGGAGAUCCAGUUGUUCAGUAAUUCAGUGGUCCUUUAGAAUGCAGGGAUUGGCUAUAGAAGACAAUAUCAGUUAAUGAUUCAGCCAGGGAGCAGAAUUAUGUUUUUGCAAAGCUUGUCGACACAAGCAGCAAUUUGUCAUGACCAAUUGCUUCAUAAUACAGGUGGAGAAAGGUCUUGGCAAGCUACCUCGCAAUUCAGGUGGCAACAAUUGGUGACUGAGAAAUCUUUACGAAGUUGAAACCAUACGGAAGUUAUAAUGGGUCUACGAUAAAUAACCAGAUCUGGAGGUUUAUAAUCCUUGAUCUUCUAUGCCAUCUAGAAGAAGCUCGAAACUUUUCAUUCAUGAAGAAUCGUUUCCUUCUGUGGGGUGAAACUAUUACUAACUUUGGUUCGUGCACAUGGAAAAUUCUAUAAAGAGUUGGGUCCAAGAUGGAGUUCUUCAUCUCAAUCAAUAGGCACUGCGAAUGGGAUUGCUUUUUGAGUGGAAGAAAUGAGAAAUUUAAAACAAGCAUGUGAUAAAUCAAGGAGGCUUGAGCUCAACUGACUUGAACAUUCAAAUGAUUCUACACUAUGGAAUUCCAUCUACUGCAUCAAUUUUGGCUUUUGAUCCCAUUCAAAGAAUUUUGGCUAUUGGAACUCUGGAUGGAAGAAUAAAAAUUAUAGGUGGGGAUAAUAUUGAAUGCCUUCUUGUAUCACCGAUCAAGGCCCCUUAUAAACAUUUGGAGUUCUUGCAUAAUCAAGGCUAUGUUGUGAGUGUCUCAAAUGAAAAUGACAUCCGGGUCUGGGAUCUUGAACACAGGCAUGUGGCAUGUUAUUUACAAUGGGAAUCCAAUAUAACUGCAUUUUCUGUAAUUCAAGGCACUGCUUUCAUGUAUGUUGGGGAUGAAUAUGGGGUAAUGUCUGUGUUGAGAUUUGAUGUGGAAGAAGCAAAGCUCUUGCUGUUACCAUACCGGAUUCCAGCAACUGUUGCGUUAGAUGCUGCAAAAAUAUCUGUAACUUUGCACCCCUCUGUUGUUGGUGUCUUUCCACAACCAUGUAUUGCAAAUCGUAGCAGGGUACUUAUAGCUUAUGACAAUGGCUUGAUCAUUCUCUGGGAUGUUAGUGAAGAUCGCAUUGUUCUGGUCAGAGGUUACACUGAUCUUCAAGCGAAGAAUGAGGGUGGUGCUAAAAAUCAAAGUAGCACUGAAACUGAAACCUGUGGUCAGAGUUCUGAUCUUGAUCACGAGGAGAAGGAGAUAUGCUCCCUCUGUUGGGCAUCGGCAGAUGGGUCUGUGCUUGCUGUGGGUUACACUGAUGGAGAUGUUCUCUUUUGGAAUAUUUCAUCAGGUUCAAGCACAAAGGAAGAAAAAGUGGCUGUGUUAUCUAGUAAUGUUGUCAAGCUUCAGUUAUCUUCUGGAAAGAGAAGGAUUCCUGUCAUUGUUUUACACUGGAGUGCCACUAAGAAAUCCAAGAAUGGCUGUGGUGGCCAACUUUAUAUUUACGGUGGUGAUGAAAUAGGAUCUGAGGAAGUCCUGACGGUUUUGAGUCUCGAGUGGUCUUCAAGGUUGGAGAGUUUAAGAUGUGUCUCUCGUCUGGAUCUUACACUUCAUGGAUCUUUUGCUGACAUGAUUUUGCUGCCUGGUGGUGGGUCCACUUUGAUGGAUCCAGCUGCAUCUCUAUUUGUGUUAACAAACCCAGGACAGUUGCAUGCAUAUGACGGUACCAGCUUGUGUACAUUAUCUUCACCACAGGAGGAGAAACCUCAAAUCCAGCCAGAGCCCUUUCCAGAGCUCAUUCCUUUGCUUGAUCCUUGCAUAACUGUGGGAAAGCUUAUUACACUUCCCAAGGGUGGAAACUAUUCAAAAAUACUAUCUGAGGUUGCUUCAGCAGGGAAAGGUCAACCACUACCUGUUCUACCAGCUGGUACAAAUUGGCCUUUGACUGGUGGAGUUCCCAGUACAGCUCUUGGUGAAGGUUUAGGGAUUGAACGGAUGUAUGUAGCUGGAUAUCAAGAUGGAUCUGUACGGAUAUGGGAUGCAACAAAUCCUGUGUUUUCUAUUCUUUUUGUUCUAGAAGGCGAGAUAAAUGGAAUCAAAGUGCCUGGUGACCGUGCUCCAGUUUCUGCUUUGGAAUUUUGUUGUGUCUCAGGGAGUCUUGCUGUUGGCAAUGAAUGUGGACUGGUCCGAGUAUAUACACUAGUAGGAGGCUCUGGUGAAAUGGGCUGUCAGUUUGUGAGUGAAACAGUGAGUGAAGCUCAUAGUUUACACUAUGAAGGAUUUCAUUGUGCAGCAAUGUUUUCAGUACUUAAAUCCUCUAUUAGUGCUCUUACAUAUUCAACCAGCGGAGGUCAUAUUGCUGUUGGAUGUGGAAAUGGCCAGGUUUCCAUGCUUGACAUUAGAUCAUUCUUAGUUUUGUUUCUGACAGACUCCAUACCUGGCUCAAGCACCUCGGUUAUUUCAGUGAUUUUAAAAUCAUUUAAACCUUUAGAUAGUCCAGUAAAUAGUCCAAAAGUCGUGGAAUCCAAAAGUCCUAAGCAGGAUUCAACUGCAGGCUCUGAAUUCUUGUUUGUCCUAACAAGGAAUGCCCGCAUAGUUAUCUUCAAUGGCCUUAGUGGUAGUAUGAUAAGCUCCCGACCAGUGCAUCCGAAAAGUGAAUCAAUUGCUGUCGCUAUGCAUAUCAUUGAUGGUGGUAAUUCUAUCUCUGGCUUGAAAAAAGAUAAGCACUCAAAGCAAUUGUUUAUGGAGGACACCAGUCAAAUGGAUUCUAAAGGAAGUGAUUCUCCUUCUGGAAGCAAGUCAGGAGAUGAACUGCUGCACUUGGAAGAAACCACAUCAUAUUCAGAACAGAGACUUAUGAAUCCUCUUCUCUUACUAUGUUGUGAAGAUGCAUUGCGGCUGUACGGUUUGUCAUCGGUGAUACAGGGGGAAAACAAUUCCAUUUACAAAGCAAGUUUAGGACAACCUUGCUGUUGGUCAGCAACUUUCAGAAGCAAAGAGGAAAAUGCAUACGGACUGAUCUUACUUUACCAGAAUGGACUCCUGGAGAUAAGAUCUUUACCAAAUUUUGCAGUGAUAGAGGAGAGUUCUUUGAUGUCCAUAUUAAGAUGGAACUUCAAGACAAAUUUUGCUAAGACAAUGUCUUCUACAGAAAAUGGACAUGUUACCUUGAUAAAUGGGAGUGAGUUGGCUAUCGUUUCUAUUUUGGCGAGUGAAAAUGCUUUCAGGAUUCCUGAUUCAUUGCCCAGUCUACAUGAUGAAGUUCUUGCUGCUGCUGCUGAUGCUGCCAUUAAUUCUUCUGUGCAACAGAUUAAAAAACAGGUUCCUUCUCAAGGGAUUUUGGGUGGCAUUAUCAAGGGCAUUAAAGCAGGGAAAGUGGGGAAUGCAAUGGGGAAUUCAACUCUAGAUCUAAUUAGUAUAUUUUCUAGAAAUCCAUUUGCAGAUCAAUCUACAAAAGUUACGGAUGAUGUAGAUGUUGAAAUUCUGAGUAUUGAUGACAUUGAAAUUGAUGAUGCCCUACCCAUGGAAACAACCAUGGAUGCACAUACUACAAGGAAAGUGAAUAAGAGAGAUGAGGAAGCUGAAAGGGAACAAUUAUUCCAUGGAGCAAAGGAACCGAUGAAGCCUAGACUGAGGCGACCUGAGGAAAUUAUGGCCCACUACAGGAAAGCAGGGGAUGCCUCUGAGGCUGCAGGACGUGCUAGAGAAAAGCUUUUACAGCGCCAAGAAAAACUUCAGAGAAUUAGCAAACGUACAGAAGAUCUCCAAAAUGAUGCAGAGAGUUUUGCCUCUAUGGCGAAUGAGCUCGUCAAGGCAAUGGAAGAGAAAAAAUGGUGGAAAAUAUGAUAUUCCAACUUAUCUUUUCAAAUUCCAAGUAGACUCUGCAGCUGUUGUAUAUAUGAUUGUUACUCAGAGGUUACUAUUAGUUCUGAAUUCAAACAUGAGACAAAAGAAAGGUUCUGGUUCUGAAUUUGAACAUAAUGUAUGCACUAAAUUAGAAAGUUGUCUGUAAUUCUGUAUAUAGCAUUUAUAAGCUGUAUUUUUCACUAA